AUGGAUCAUGUUGAAGAAACUGAAAUCCUUGCAGCAACCCAGCGGUACUAUGUGGAAAGACCUAUCUUUAGUCACCCGGUCCUCCAGGAAAGACUGCACAAGAAGGACAAGAUUUCGGAAUCCAUUGGGGAUAAGCUGAAACAGGCAUUCACAUGUACCCCUAAGAAAAUACGAAAUAUCAUUUACAUGUUCCUCCCCAUAACCAAGUGGUUGCCUGCAUACAGAUUCAAGGAGUAUGUGUUGGGUGACAUAGUCUCAGGCAUAAGCACAGGUGUGCUACAGCUUCCUCAAGGUUUAGCCUUUGCAAUGCUGGCAGCUGUGCCUCCGGUGUUUGGCCUGUACUCUUCAUUUUACCCCGUUAUCAUGUAUUGUUUUUUUGGAACCUCCAGACACAUAUCCAUAGGUCCAUUUGCAGUUAUUAGCCUGAUGAUAGGCGGCGUGGCUGUUCGAUUAGUACCAGAUGAUAUAGUCAUUCCAGGAGGAGUAAACGCAACCAACAGUACGGAGGCAAGAGAUGCUUUGAGAGUGAAAGUCGCCAUGUCUGUGACCUUACUUACAGGAAUCAUUCAGUUUUGCCUAGGUGUCUGUAGGUUUGGAUUUGUGGCCAUAUAUCUCACGGAGCCCCUGGUCCGUGGGUUUACCACUGCGGCAGCUGUGCAUGUCUUCACCUCCAUGUUAAAAUACCUGUUUGGAGUUAAAACAAAGCGGUACAGUGGGAUCUUUUCAGUGGUGUAUAGUACAGUUGCUGUGUUGCAGAAUGUUAAAAACCUCAACGUGUGUUCCCUAGGCGUUGGGCUGAUGGUCUUUGGUUUGCUGCUGGGUGGCAAGGAGUUUAAUGAGAGAUUUAAAGAAAAAUUGCCAGCGCCCAUUCCUUUAGAGUUCUUUGCGGUGGUUAUGGGAACUGGCAUUUCAGCUGGGUUUAGCCUGCAUGAAUCGUACAAUGUGGAUGUCGUUGGGACACUUCCUCUGGGGCUGCUACCUCCGGCCAAUCCGGACACCAGCCUCUUCCACCUUGUGUACGUGGACGCCAUUGCCAUAGCGAUCGUUGGAUUUUCAGUGACCAUCUCAAUGGCCAAGACCUUGGCGAAUAAGCAUGGCUACCAGGUCGAUGGCAAUCAGGAGCUCAUUGCCCUGGGACUGUGCAAUUCCACUGGCUCACUCUUCCAGACUUUUGCAAUUUCAUGCUCCUUGUCUCGAAGCCUUGUCCAGGAGGGAACUGGAGGGAAGACACAGCUUGCAGGUUGUUUGGCCUCAUUAAUGAUUCUGCUGGUCAUAUUAGCCACUGGAUUCCUCUUUGAAUCAUUACCCCAGGCUGUGCUGUCGGCCAUUGUGAUCGUCAACCUGAAAGGAAUGUUUAUGCAAUUCUCAGAUCUCCCCUUUUUCUGGAGAACCAGCAAGAUAGAGCUGACCAUCUGGCUUACCACUUUUGUUUCCUCCUUGUUCCUGGGAUUGGACUAUGGCUUGAUUACUGCUGUGAUCAUCGCACUGAUGACUGUAAUUUACAGAACACAGAGUCCGAGCUACAUAGUCCUUGGGCAGCUUCCUGACACUGAUGUGUACAUUGACAUAGACGCGUAUGAGGAGGUGAAAGAAGUUCCUGGAAUAAAAAUAUUCCAAAUAAAUGCCCCAAUUUAUUAUGCAAAUAGUGACUUAUAUAGCAGUGCAUUAAAAAGAAAGACUGGAGUGAACCCAGCCUUCAUAUUGGGGGCAAGAAGAAAGGCCAUGAAGAAGUAUGCUAAGGAAGUUGGAAAUGCCAACAUGGCCAAUGCAACCGUCGUCAAAGUGGAUGCAGAAGUAGAUGCAGAAGAUGGCACCAAGCCUGAGGAAGAGGAGGAUGAAAUAAAAUAUCCCCCAAUAGUCACCAAGAGCACACUUCCUGAGGAACUGCAAAGAUUUAUGCCCCCAGGGGAUAACGUCCACACCAUCAUUCUGGAUUUUACGCAAGUCAAUUUUAUGGAUUCCGUUGGUGUAAAAACUCUGGCAGGGAUUGUAAAAGAAUAUGGAGAUGUCGGCAUUUAUGUGUAUUUAGCAGGAUGCAGUGCACAAGUCGUGAGUGACCUCACUCAAAAUCAAUUCUUUGAAAAUCCUGCCUUACUGGAUCUGCUGUUCCACAGCAUUCACGAUGCAGUCUUAGGCAGCCAAGUUCGAGAGGCACUUGCCGAACAGGAGGCCACGGCUGCUCCUCCCCAGGAGGACUCUGAGCCCAACGCCACUCCGGAAGCUUAG